UCCGUUUGACCUCUUAUUAUUAAGUCGUAAACGAUGGUGAGAUAUCGAUUGCAGGCAGCUUGUCAAAAUGAUUUGAAUCAACUAUGAAGAGAAUAGUUCUUUUUCGUAAUGGAUCAGCUUUGGACGGAAAGCUUGUUGCUGUGACCCACGGUACAACAUUGGAGGACAUUUUAGUUGAAGCCAGCAAAAAGCUUGGAUCUGAUGCCAAAGUUAUCUACAGUCCUCAAGGAGGAAUCCUAGACGAUGUACUUUUGAUUAGAGACGAUGACGUGUUUUAUGUAUCUGCUGGAGAACCUUUCAAGAAAGCAAGUACGACACCUGGAUCUGAGCCUGCUACAGACAGUACCAAAAAAUGUAUAAAGGGUCAUGAAAGGAACAUGUCUUCUGGCACUACCUCUGCUUGUCAUUCCUCUGAAUGGGUGACACUCAACGUCGGUGGAAAGAUAUUCACCACCACACGAAGUACGCUGACACAGCAGGACUCGACGAGUAUGUUAGCACGAAUGUUCGGAGACGAAAAAACUGUGACGUGGCACAGUAGUGUUGACGAAAGCGGGGCAUACCUUAUAGACCGCAGUCCACGCUACUUUGAACCCAUACUUAACUACCUCCGACAUGGCCAGCUGGUCCUGGACAAGGACAUCAAUCCACAAGGAGUCCUAGAGGAGGCUCGGUUCUUUGGUUUACCCACCCUGAUGGACACACUAGAAGAUAUCAUAGAGAAAAACCAGGUGCCUGACGAUCGUACACCAAUCACACGGAGAGAAUUGGUACUCCGUCUCCUAGCAACACCCACCAACAAAGAGCUCCGGUGUCAGGGUAUGAACUUCACUGGUGCCAACCUCACCAAGCUAGAUCUACGAUACAUCAAUUUCAAAUAUGCUAUUCUCAAGAACGCCAAUCUUGCUGGAGCCAACCUUUCCUAUUGUAACUUUGAGAGGGCUGACCUGCAUAAGACUGUACUGGACUCUGCAAAUCUGUUGGGAGUGAAGAUGCUGUGUGCCAAUAUGGAAGGAGCCUCCCUGAGAGGAUGCAACUUCGAGGAUCCUGCUGGCAGCCGAGCCAAUUUAGAAGGGGCAUUAAUGAAGAAUGUGAAUUUGGAAGGAAGUCAGUUAGCUGGAGUGAAUCUGAGAGUGGCAAAUCUGAAGAACGCCAACCUUCAGAAUUGUGAUCUACGCGGGGCCGUGCUCGCCGGAGCUGACCUUGAAAACUGUGAUUUGUCUGGCUGUGACCUGCAGGAGGCUAAUUUAAGGGGAGCUAACCUAAAGGGUGCGGCCUUCGAACUGAUGUUAAACCCUCUCCACAUGGCCCAAGCAGUUAGAUAGGAGAUAUCUAUGGACUCUGUCUCAGACUGUCAAAUUAAGGAAAUCAUUCCGUCUCGCUCUGUUGAGUAUAGGGUUUAAUUCCAACUACCUGUUGAAUUCAGACUCGGGUAGUAUGUGGAUUCAGACUGCAGUCUAGUGGAUUUUGACUGGAAUAGAAUGUGGACUCUGAGGGCCUGAUGGAUUCUGACUUAAACAGAACUUUAAUUCUGACUGCCUUUCAGACUCUGACUCAGAUAGUAUUUGGAUUUUGACUUGUAUAGAAUUUGAAAUUUGACUGCAUCGUGGAUUCUCGACUCGGUUAGAAUGUGGAUUCUAACUCGGACAGAAUGUAGAUUCCAGCCCAGCCCAUCAGAUGCUUUCCUUUCAUUACAGAUUUUCAAAUGCAGAAAGAAAUAUAAGGAAUUUACCAAAAGCUUUCCAGUAGAAUGUAAAAGUCGUUGGUUAAAGGCAAUGGUUACUAUUUAUAGUUAAUUAUUCUUUGUGAAUAUUUGAACUUUUGUUUUUGAUUGUUUUCUUUCUACUUUUGUUCAAGUUCUAAUUUAUUCAAACUCUUAACAUUAUUUGAUUUUCUGUAUACGUGCCUGUAAAGGCCACCUUCCAAUAGGUGGAUGUUGUGAAAAGUGAAAAAGUUUGCUGUAUUUUGCUAUUAUUUGCAAAGGAGUAUUAUAUGUGGGUUAAUCUGCUUAUACCUGGUACAUGUAGUAUGUGAAACUUGUCACAUCUGCAAAAAGUGUGCUAGUCAAGAAAAUACUACAUGUACAUUCAUGUAUGUGAAGACUUUGAAAUGAUGUGAUUCAUUUUAACGGGAAUGAUGCCAGUAGGAAAUUGUAUGCUUGUCAUUACUUAAAACUCCUUAAGCAUUCAAGUUUUGGCACAAGUUCCAAGACUGGUGUAAUGCAGUUGUGUCCAAGACACCCGGACCUCAAUUGAUCUGAGUGGACAUUCAAAAAUAUUAUGUGUGGUCCCACUUUACAAAUUUGUGAAUUAAAAUGAUGUACUUAACAGUACAAUGUUCGAAAGAUUUUGUGGCUGCAGUUUGAGGUGCCAAUUUGAAAUUAUUUUUGUGACAACAAUUUCCUAAGGACCCAUUUAAAACAAAUAGUAGGAUUAGUAGGAAUAAAGUGUUGUUAACUAUUAAAGGGGCUGAGGUGGCCAAGCGGUUAAGGCAUCUGACAUUCUGCUACCACUAGCCCUCCACCACUGGGUCGCGGGGUCAUGGGUUUGAGACCUCUGGCCGCAGGUUGGUGGGUUUUUCCCGGGAACUUCGACUUUCUUCCACCACCAAAACCUGGCAUGUCCUUAAAUUACCAUAGAUGUUAAUAGGAUGUAAAACAUAAACAAAAACAAAAAAAUAACUAUGAAAGGGACUUUGAUGUAAAAUUUAAAUCUGUAAUCAAAACAGGUAAUGUACAUAGGCUUCAGAAUGCUCACAUACAUUGUCUAGUCUCACUGAUUUGGAGUUCAGCUCCAGGUCUUUAUUCUUAACCUUUCACCCCUAUGUAACUUUAGUAGACUUUAAAUUACCAUGCAUUUAUCUGGAUGAGUCCAUUAUGGUCUACAGUAAGUGGUGAAAGGGUUAAUUUUUGAUAUUUGAACUUGAUCUGUAGAAUUCCCUCCAUCUUGCUCUGUAUUCGAAUUCUUUGUUUAGAACAGAUUAAAUGAGUGUAUUAACACGACUGUUUUGUCAUAUAUUUGUUAUUACAAAUACAGAAUGUACUUUGCAGAAAAUGCUGCCUCUAUGUAGCAUAGUUUGUAAAAAUAAUUACCUACCAACCUUAUUGUUUUGAGCUGAAAGUAGGAAACCAACAAUAUAUUUUCAGCCCUAGUACUUAAGUACUGAUAGUCCCAAUAAUUAUUUAAAUAUGUACUCGUUACAAAAUGAUAUUUAAUUGAAGGCGAAAUCAUGCUGAUUUCUUUUGUAGUAUGUGGAAUAUUGUAGGCAAAAUAAUGCUCAGUCUUUAUACAUGUAGUAUGUGGAAUAAUGUACAGGAAAUUGUGCUCAGUAUAUCCAAUAGUAUGUGAAAUAAGUAAGCAAUAUCAUGCUGUCUUUUAUAGUACGUGGAAUAAUGAACAUGUGUAUAGAUCAUUUGUAAUUUGCAAGUUACGUAUGUUGUGGUACUUGAUGUUGCAUUUAUAGAUUUCUCAUAAAUAUUUAUUGCGAAUCGUUUAGAGAAGGGAUAUAUAACGGUUGUGUUGUUAUUCCUCAUUUAAACAAGGAAUAAGUAACAUUUGUUUUAAUUCCUUGCCUGAAUUAAAAUCUUUGUGACUGAUUACUAUUUGUAGCAUUAUAU